UUUCCUCAGUUCCAGCCAUCACGAUACUGGUAGUGGUUAGAUAUAAACAUGAUUGCAAAUUUUCAAGUUCCACCACAUCUUGCUACCAAAAAAUCUCCAUGUUCACUGAUGCGAAGUUUUCAAUGGGAUUUUAUUUCCAGAAUGUGCACUGUAAACUGACUCGUGGAGGUGUAAUCUAGUGACACGAGAAAUACGCCGAACCAAUAGGAACAGCGCGAGUCUGUUUCAGCUUACCAGAAGACUGGACGUUUGUGAGAAGCACAGUUGCCAAGCAGCAGAAGGCUCAAUACAAACGAAUUAACCUGUCUUUUGCUGGCUUUAAUCCACAAAGAUUUGAGUUCAGAAACCAGUAUUAAUACACGUAGUAGAAAAUAGGCUGCUGAAACAGAACAGAAUAGAAGAUAAGCCUUCUCAAGGUUCAUAAAUAUAGCGUUUCUGAAGUCAAGUUGUCGUGUAAAGACGUUGUGUACUACCGCUUAGCAACCCGAGUAAAACUGAAGCUGACAUCUUUAAGUUCCUUGUACACAGAAUUGGUUUCUGAGUAAUCAGUCUUCAGUGAACCAUGUCUCCCAUCCGGGACUUUUACCAUGUUGAAAUUGACAAAGUUGGGCAGGGUAAAAGAAGGGUCACCAAACCUUCAGGGAGACCAACUAGCAACAUAUUUGACUUAACAAAUGACCAAGAUAGGCUGAAAUCUCCUGCUGCUAAGAACUAUAUACCGACCAGCAUUUUUGGAUCUGAUUGUAUCUCCAGUAAGUGUCACACCCCUCGACGCAGACGUUCUGAUGACACACAGUAUAAGCUCUUUGGAAGUGAUGUAACAGACACAACACCGAGGAAAGUUUUGGACAGAAUGAAAUCAAAUGUAUUUAUGGAAGCUGGACCAGUCACUAAGCCUUACAGUGCUAAGAAAUAUGGCCCUGUUCAUCGUAACCCUAUCACUGGAGAAGUGUAUGAUGUGUCAAUGAAACAAAAUAGCCAAAUAAACGCAUAUGUAAAUGGAACAG